AUGGGUCCAGAACGCCUGGAUGUCUUGACAAGCACAAAUGCGGGAUCUUCAGAGGACUUUUCAAGCGGAAGCCCUCUACUUAGCCAAAAGAGGUUGGCGUGCUCAAAUUGUCGACGUCGGCGCAAGAAAUGCGACAUGGGUUAUCCAUGUGCCAGCUGUGUGAAGAUGAAACUCGACUGUAACGUGAAUAUGGACGACAUGCGCAAGAAGCGGUACGCCGCAGGCUAUGUAAAAUCAUUGGAGGCACACGUUGCGUACCUAGAAACCAGGCUGAAGAACUUGGACGCCGCGAAAAUCAGCGGAACAAGUUCUCUCGGAACCAGCGAGCCGACCUUACUAAUCAGUACGGAUGGGAAGGAAAGAAGACUGUCUGACGGAGCAGCGCCUUUUAGCAGCAGCGUGGGCCAAUCCUUUCGCGGCGGUGAUAACAGCUCGAGCUUCAACGCGUCAGAGAAUGAUAUAUUGCGUAGGAAGCGCUUUGUCAAAGGUAGCAUCUACCCUGAGGGACCGGCAAGUUACAAGCCACAGAGAAGGGAGCCUGCAAUUUCUAAGCCUCAGAAUCGUAUCGCGGACCUGAAAACUACAGUGAUCGUACGGAGACACCAAGAUAGCAGUGAGACCUUAAACACGGACAAGAACAUACUAGGGAGUCUUUCCGCGUUUUAUAAGUGGCUCUACCCCGGACCUUUUGUGUUCGUCCACCGAGAAAGUUUUCUCUAUGGGUUCUUCAACCACAGCGAAGAUAACUACGAAAACUCACAAUACUGUUCCGAGGAACUUGUGUACGCCGUUGCUUCAGUUGGAUCGCGACUGGUGCCUGGGCUGCGGUCUCUGUCAGAGGGCUACUACCAGAAAGCAAAGGGGAAACUACUCAGUAUAGUAUUCGAUGAGCACAGCACGGCAAAAAUCACCACAGUUCAGGCGCUGCUAUGUCUAGCAUUCUGCGAGCUAGGAAAAGGCAACAACCAGCUGGCAUGGUACUUCUCAGGCCUAGCAAUUCGAGUCGGAUACGACAUGGGGUUCCAGCUGGACCCAAAAGUCUGGGUGACCGAUGACGCCAGUUCCAGCGAGCUCUCGCAGAGCGAGCUCGAGAUCAGGAGCCGUAUUUACUGGGGCUGCUACAUCGCCGACCAUUUCAUAUGUCUUCUUCUAGGCCGCACGUCCACGCUGAGCGUUUCAAACUCAACCGUCCCUGAGAGUGACGAGCUGCCCGAAGUGGACGGCACAGGCGAGUUUCGCUUCAACAGCAAGCACGUUCUUCAGGUGUCGCUGCCGCUGAAGAAUCUCGUAAUUCUAUCGAGAAUUGUGCAGGUGUUUACGGCCAAAAUUUUUAUUGAAUCGGGCUCCACAGCGCAGCGCAUCGGAUACCUUACAAGGUUCAAUAUCAAGGUCUACAACUGGCGGCAGUCGCUGCCGCAGUUUUUGAAGUGGUCCAAGAACUCCAUCAAAGACACGGACUGGUCCACGGACCCGACCAUCUCCUACUUCUGGUACCAUUACUACAUCGUGCUGCUCACCUUCAACAAGCCCUUCAUGGAGGACUGUGAGGAGUCCAAAAUCCUGGUUCUGGAGGUCUUGGGGGAACUGCACACCCUACUGUCGAACUUUAGGGUGCGCUUCGGCAGCGUCGACACCGCCAGCAUAUAUCAGCUCUACAGUUGCCUGCUCGCAGUCACGUGCCUAAAAAAGCUCACCAAGAUGUCGCUCGAUGGCCAGCCGGCGAGCGUGCUUGCAUCCCUGGACCGCGACCUGCGCUUCUAUACCGAUUUGUUCCACGAGUUUCACCUGACUUACGGCCUGCCCCAGCGUCUGCAAGACGAGCCAGACCUACAUGUUGUGGACCAACUCAACACGCUUGCCUACACGCACGACUUUUCGCUAAGUGACGAGAUCGAUGAUCUCAUCAAGCAGGUCUUUGGCUUCGAUACCUGGACCAUUAACCCCAGCCAUACCGUCUAG